CGAGAUUUGUAUGACCCAACCCAACACAAAGAUCAAAUUUCCUUGCGGUUCCUUCUCAAAAAUCGAACAACCUGAAGAUGAUGAUGCCGUCGUCGACAAUAAUGUAGGUUUUCUUACCCACCAGAAAUGAAAAAAAAAAAAAAAAAAAGUUUCCUCCUUUCUUUUCUUGCUAGUUUUUUCUUCGCAUGUAAUGAAAUAAUACCCUGUAUUUCAUUUGAUGUUUGGGUUCUGCGUUUAUCUUUGUGAUUACGGAUUUUCAUGUCACUGGGUAUCUGCAAUUGUGUUUUGAUUUCCAUUCUGUUUUCUCCAAUCCGAAAUUGACCAUUGUUUAGAGCUUCAGAAUCUCUCCUUUUCUCCUCUUUCACACUAUCAUUUACAAGCUUUUUUUCCCCUCUGGAUGGAAGAUGACUCCAAUUUAAUGGCAUUUUCAAAUUCACUCUUUGCAUGCCAAAAGAAUGAAUUUGAAGGGGGAAAAGAGAGAAAAGAAGAAACUUUACUCUUGUUUAUUGGCAUCCUUCAGGAUCCAAUAGGGAGGGAGGGGACCAUCGACCAUCCAUUCUCUCCUCGUUGUCCCCUACUCCCUAAAUCGUGUCAAGAUUUUUUCUUGGAAGAGGCAUUGCAUUUCACCUUUCUGGGUCUCUGCCUCUCUGAUCUCGGGCUCAUCUCUUUCAAUGAAGCAGGAAAAUGCCUCAGAGAUCGUAGACAAAAUGGAAUCCAGUGGCGUCAGCAAGAGUUUGUGUGCGAUAUGUCUGGAGGCCUUGAGUUACAGCAAUAAGAAAGUGGGAAGCCCAGGGAAAACUGUAUUCACGGCGCGCAAUGCUCACACUCAUUCCAUUUCAGUUGCAUCUCCUCCAAUGUCCGCCAUGGGAGUGUGACCUGCCCCAUUUGCAGAGCGUACUGGACAAAGCUCCCACGAAACCUCAACCCACCCCCACUCCAUACUUCUUACCUCCCUUGCACCACCCAAUCGGAUCCAAUCCUCCGCAUCCGUGAUGAUUCCAUCGCCAACUUCCGAGUCCACAGGCGUUACUCCCUCCGCUUCGCUCGCUACGACGACGACGACCCAGUGGAGCCUGACCUCAGUUCGCCGCCGCACCCCCGCCUCCACCUCAGUCUCAUCCCGAUUCACUUCACUCCUCUUCCUCCCCCAGCAACAACACCUACAUUUCGGCAACUAAUUGCAGGACCCGCUUCGUACCAACUAGGAUUAACACAACCUGGACCACAGAGUAACAGAGCUUAUCUCUCCGUAACUUGAUCUUUGUGUUGGGUUGGGUCAUACAAAUCUCGGUCUGGUUCACAAACCUCAACCCGGUUUUGGUAGAGCUUCAACCAACCUUUUUAAUCUUGAUCGUUGGUGAUGGACUGUCCACGUGUCACAUUCUGCACCUGGCAAAACAUGGAAAAACAGAGAUUGAGAACAACAGACGAUUUUUAUCCAAAAAACACAGCUUCGAUGAUUGUUCUCUUGGAAAAUAAUCCUCUGUUUUUCUCAUCCCUGUUUUUCCUUGUUUUGCUACAUGCAGAACGCGACACGUGGACAACUUUAAGACCAAACAGAGGAUUUUGAUCCUGUUCUCUUUGCCUCGACCAUACGAAAUCUUCUCCAUUCUCUCUCCCUCUCUCUCAACCUCCGAACGCUUGUGAGCUGUGGACUAAACCUCUUCAUUAUUUCGAGGAAACUUCUUCUUCCUCUCUCUCUCUCUAUCUCUCUCUCUCUCUCUCUACUGCUUACAAACACGGGAGGGGACUCGGGUGGCUGCACGGACGGCUUCCUCGGCGGUGCCUCUGGCCUUGUCUGCUCUGUGUGGUGAUUUUAAUGAGGUUAUUGCAAAGGAAAGAUAAUAUCUGCUUGGAGAUGAAAUCUACUUGGAAAACCAUGAAUUUUGUGAACACAGACAUUGAUUUUAGUAUGAAAAAGGUCCUUUUCUUUUUUUUCUUCUUCUUCUGGUGUUCCGGUGGAAAAGGUGAAGCUAAGGGAAAAGGAAUCGGGGUGGUGGUAGCUAAUGUGCGCCUGAAUGGUGGGUUUGUCAGGUGGGUUUCCAUAGGUUCCCUUUUGAUCUUUCUUUUGUGCUCCGAUUGGGUCUCUAGCGUUUGGCUCUGUCGACGGGCCCUUGCGUGAAGGAAUAAUGGAGGGAAGAGAGAGGUGUCGCAAGCAAUUCUGGAGAGCUGAUUAACUCAACUCCUCUCCUCAAUCUUGACCCUCGUCUCAAAGUCUCUUCCAAAAUACGAAAUUGUUCUUCGCCUCCGUCGUUGGCGAUGCCCUCUGGUUCUUGUUGAAUAGCUCGUAUAUGAAGGCGCUCGUGGUCAUUUUUCGGGUGCAGAGGCUGAGGUGAAAGAAUCUCUGCUGCCGCCUCAUCGCCGUCGAGGAACUUGUACUGCAUGUCAGAGGUUUUGAUAGCAUUGCCGAAGAGAUUAGAGGGAGGGUAUAACGAUCAUUUUAACUGCACCUAACACUGACUAACAAUGAAGAGUCUAAGUAUAAUUUGGUGAAACAGAAUGAGUAUCACUAUCGCAUUCUUCAGUGGUGGCCCGGUAAAUUUUCCUUUUUUUUUUUUUUCUUUCUCAAUAUCAGUUUGUAAUCAGGCUGCCAAUGGGUUCAGUCCAAUCAGGUUUGCAAGGAUUCACAAGGAAAUUAAUGAAGCUCCUUGUUUCUUGGGUUU